AUGGAACAACAAACUUCGGUGAAAGUUCUCAGCGCCACUCCGCAGCCAUUUAUCAUUCCGGCUUAUGUUUUAGAUGACUUAUGCAGUAUUUUAGUAUUUCGCCACUGUCCAUUUCUCAAUCAGUAUGCAGAAGAAGUGGACAAACGGUUUGAAGACUGGAAGCAGUACAAGAUGAGUGUUCCCACUUACGGUGCCAUUAUUUUGGAUCCUGAGAUGAAGUUUGUAUUGCUUGUUCAAGGUUACUGGGCCAAAUCUAGCUGGGGUUUUCCAAAAGGCAAAAUUAAUGAAGAUGAAACAGAACAAGAAUGUGCAGUGAGAGAGGUAUUUGAAGAAACUGGCUUCAACAUUAGUAAGUUCAUCAAUUCUAACGAUUAUUUCGAGAACCAAAUGAAUGACCAACUUACUCGACUUUAUAUCAUUGCUGGAGUCUCUCUGGACACUGAAUUUCAGACCAAAACUCGCAAAGAAAUCAAAUGUAUGCAGUGGUUCCCAGUUGAUGCACUUCCUGCUCACAAAAAGGAUCAAACAUGUCGGUCACAACUCAAUAUGAACUCCAAUAACUUCUUCACCAUCAUUCCAUUUAUCAAACAAUUGCGGAAAUGGAUCAUGAACAAAAAACAACAGAAUCUUGAUUUGAAGACCGGGAUCCUUGGACCAGUUCCAAACGGUAGCACUGUCACAAAUGUAACGAUUCCAGUCACUGGCAACUGCCGCCAGUUGACAGAUAAGCAGAGGUUAAAGCAACAACAGCUCUACAACCAAAAGCUCUUCAAUGACUUUCAGGAAUACCAGAAAAUGAAAGAUGGAAAAAUAAAUACUGGCCAAGUUUCAGCCAAUAAUAGUGGUGGCAGUAAGCUGAUGUCUGGCAAUGGAGACAGUAAUCACCUAGCCACAGAAACAGUCAACACUAAAUACCAAAGGAACCGGAUUCAACAAACAGCCUCACCAAAACAACAUUAUAAGAAAAUACUUACUCGAGACAAAGAUGAUGGGUACAGCUUGUCUGAGAUCACAUUAACCAAAGCUCACUCUUGGACCAAUUUUAAACUAAAUUUCGAAGCGUUAUGGACAUGAACUUUGCCGCUCUUAAAGUCUUUCUUUUUGUUAGCUCUGGUUUAACAAAUGGAAGGAACGAAAAAGAAUGAUUAUAUAUGCAAGUAAAGAAAUGAAAUGUCUGAGAAGUUUGCCUGCAGCAUCACAAUUGUAACAGUGUUGGCAUUUAGAAUGGCAAAAAUUCUUUGGAAUUAGGAAGAAAACAAAACAAAACAAAACAGGUUUGCUGGAAAAGGUUACCAUAUUAUGUCACUCACUUGUAAUAAGAUUGGCUGUGUGUCCAUCCAGUUAAAAUUUAAUUUUUCUGAUUGAAUAGAAUUCACGAGAGAACACUGUAUUGAGAGCUCUGCAGGCUGGCUGCUGUGUAUUGGAGGUUUUGAUUUGAAAACAUUUUAUCAACAUCAUGUCUUUGUCUUCAAAAUAAGUUUCAUCCAGCCAACAAUUUUAAAGUCUCUUCAUAAAUUUUAUUAAUUUAAACAAGAAACAACAAAAACAACAAUUCAUAUAGUAUAAAUGAUUAUUCCAAAUCUAUGUUAAUAUUUUUUUUUGUCUAAAUACCUCAAGUAUUAUUUUUAAAUAAUAUAUUUCUAUUUAUUUCUACAAUUUGUUAAAACUUGACUGUCAAUAGAAUACCAUAUAUACCUCAGUUAUUCAAUAGGCUUAUACAUACACAUAUGUGUGUAUAUGUAUAAGCCUGUUGAAUAUAUAUAUAUAUAUAUAUAUAGUGUAUGUAAUGUGAAACAUAUUCUCAUGAGUGCAUGUUCUUGCAUAUACACACUCAUGCGUACAACAGGAAAGAUUUUGUCUGGUAGAAUUAAAUGAAGCAAUGCUAGAUAAUGGUAUAUUUAACAUAUUUUGUAUCAGAACCAUGUACUCUUCAUGUCAUCUUGCCAAACUCAAAACUAAAAUUUUGUUCCAUAGAUAUUGGUAUGGGAUUGGUUAAUUCUUAGACAGAGCAAGAGAUUAUUAUAAUUGUUGGAGGCUUUUUAGAAAUCAUUUUUGUUGUUUAUUAGGAUGGUUUUAGCACUGUUGUUGACAGGUCAUGUUGGUAGGUUUCUGUGUGUGUGUGUGUUCAUUUCAUUUGUAAACUGCCAUAUUGCUAUUUAAACCAGCACAUACACACACACUCCCCCACAUAUAUAAUAUCAAUAUAAUAUACAUGAUAUCAUAUGAUAUAAUAUGUAUGUAUUUGUGUACGUGUGUGUGUGCGUGUAUAUAUAUAUAUAUAUAUAUAUAUAAUGUACUGUAAUGGUUACUCUCAUCCAUUUCAAUAUAUGAGUGUUUGAAGGAAAGGAUUAAGGAAAAAUGCAAAGGGAUUAAAAAUAAAAGAAGCUGUAUUUGUUUGCGAUGGAUGUGUGAAUAUAAUUUGAGUUCAGGGAUGGAUUUUGCUCUGAAGUCACAAGGGGUGGGGGUGGGGGGCACUGAUGAUUUUGAUUUUUGUCACAUAUAUAUAUAUAUAUAUAUAUAUAUACACGCACAAACACACACACACACAUCUCAUUAUGUUUGCUAUAGAUUGAAUCAUACAUCCACACAUUCACAUUUUUAUGUCUAUUGAAAUUUAUUUUAAAUUGAUUUUAUUUCAAUUUUCAAAUUCGUGAUUACAGGGUAUUUGUUUAUCAUCGUUAAAUUUUUACUCCAUCCUCCACCCUGUCUCGUAGUCUUUCCAUUUAUUAAUUUUUUUUUUAGACAUAUUUUCUAAAUACAUCGAAAGACAAUCUUGUGAAUUUCAAAAUUCAUUUGUACCCAUUAUUUUAAAGAUGUGUGAGGGAAUAAGAGCAGUUUGUUCUUAUUCUUGAUCUAUUGUGAGAUAUGGCUGGACUGACUUUCCCUUCACGCACUCUGAAGACAAAACCUUCAUUGCUAACCUAGUCACCCAUCAUGCAUUACAAGAAACUUCCAUUUCAUAUUUCUCUUUCUCUGUAUGUGUGUGUAAAUGUGACUGCUGGUGUUCUGGAAGUUUCAUUGUUUUCACAAUUGAUGUGGGAUAUAUUUUCAUCUCAUUCAUAAUUCCAAAAAAGACUUUCAUCUUUUUUUGUAGAUUUUGUUUCCAACAUUUCUGUAACUUCCACAAUAUACACAAGAGGAAGGUCUAUACCUAGCUCAUUGCAAUUUACUCAAAAUAUCAAUGUAUGCUAAGGAUAUGUGUGCUUUUAUAAUGAAGGUUCUAGUUGGCCAGUUCUUAACUAAGUUGUUACCCAUCGCUAUGCUGCUGGUAAAAAUAUCUGUUAAUCAUGCAUGUACAUUCAUAAAUUGUUCAAAUAAUGUUUAAAUUGACCUUCUCGUGAAGAUUAAGAACAGGUUGAACAAUAACAUUUAUUUAAAAUACUUGAGCAAUAUUUCAAUAUAAACAACAUUCCUUGUUAAAGUUCUUUUUCUAUCAUUUUGUCUCUUCUUGGUUGUGCUGCCAAAUUCUGUUUGGUCUGCAUAUAUGCAUUGGUUUUCAGGGUCUCCCACUGCUGUUAGCAACAUAAAAGUGUCCGUAUACGAACACUAGAUCAGAUAGAUACAGUCCACAUCUUUCUAAACUUUGUCCUUGACUCUUAUUAAGUGACAUGAGAAAAUUGCAAUCUUUGUAGAGUGGCUGGUAAGUCUGUUUCAGAGGGCUAAAGAGGAAUUCAAGAAAAGGUCAGUACUGUUCCAGUAUCAACACUGUUGACUUGUCCUUUAAAAGUCAGUAAAGUGUCAGUAAUGUUGAGUACCGUGUAGUGAGUACUAUUGCAGUGACCUUGAAUAUGAUCCUAUUUUUUGUAAUAACAUUACUGGAGCUCCAAUCUUGAUCUUGAUUGUGUGAGGAGGAUGACAAUAUAUAAUUAGUGAAUUCAAAAAUUCUGGAGGAUAGAGAAAAGAUAGAUUUUUCUUCUGCCACUGAAUCUAUACUUCCUGCAGUUUUACCAUAAUUUUGUCAUUUAGCUUAUCAACUUUAUCACUUUUUUGUUGUUAAAAUUGCUCUUGAAGACAUCCACUGCUCAUUUGUGUAGUACAUUGGUAAAUUGGCAAAAGAAAUUCAAAUAACUCUUCUUUGGAACUGGCUGUCAUGGAAAAUGAAAUUAUAAUGACAUCUUUAAAUAAGAGAUCACCAUCAAGUGUUGGGAAUCCUUCCUUUGCUUAGUUCCACGAACCAAUUUGCAUGCUGAUUUAGCCGAUUAUAUGUAUUAAUAUCAUUGUUAUUCAGACAAUUUAGAACUCUUGUAUUUGUCUAUGGAUGCAAGACUUUGCAAUCACUCCAAAGUAAAGAUCUUUUUAUGCAUGUGUUAAUAAGUGAAAGCCAAAUGGCUUUGAGAUUUACAAGAAGAAUUUGUUGUGAAUCUCCACCAAGGACCAAUAAUUUUCCUUCCAGGAAUUGCUUAUUGUUCAUGAGAUCCUGAAGUGUGCAAUUUAAAGUUUCAAGAUAUCAGUGGCACAUUGGGGCUCCAUCCCUCACCAACAGCUGAGCAUUGUAUAGAAGGCACCCAGUUGCAUCAUUAGGCAAAAAGAAAACACAUUGAAGUUGAUAUUACUAGAAUGUGGAACUUGAAGCAGGAAUGAACUGUGCAACCGAGCUUUAGCAGUGAUAUCAAAGGAAGCUGUAGCAAGGGCAAUUCCACUUUUUUUAUGAACAUAAGACAGCAGUAAGUUUAACCGGAGCGUCUUGCCUGUUCCUCCUGGAGCAUCAAUAAAUAGCAAAUUCCCUUCA